AUGACCGAAGAAGUUGAAACGGUAGAUUUGACACCACAAACAAAAAGUUCAGAACCAUUGUCAAAACCUGUCAAAGAACUUACAGAUGAAGAGAAAAAUUCAAUAAUAGAAGGUGCCAGGUCUGGAAAUACAAACCCCAACUAUAAAGUCACUUUUCAUAGAAAUGGAACGGCUAGUAUCUCAAAAAAGAAACAGACUCUCACAAAUAAAAUAUUGAAGUCUGAAGGAGUUUUCGAGACAACAGAUGGAAAAGUUUACUUCACUGACCAACAGUUCAUUAUAGAACAUCUCAUUGACUUAGAGUCGAAAUAUUCUAAACUUUACAACAAACACAAAAAGUUGAAAGGAAAACAAAAACAAAUGGCAUAUGAUAUUUAUGAAGAUGUUGACGACACAACUGUUCCUGCAAGUGAAGUAAAGUCAGAGGAACCGAAAAGUGACGAAAAACCGAUAGAAGAAGAAAAA